AUGGUUACUGUUGAUCGGUAUGGUGUUAUUGCGAGAGGCGGUAACGUGGAGUAUGGCGUGUGCUGUCGAGUACAUAAUUCGCGAAGUAUUUACUAUACUAGGAUGAGGUAUGUAUCAGCGUAUAUGUUGGCAGCGAUGGGAUCCAAAUAUCAUGUAACGGCGAAUGAUAUCGAAAAUAUUCUCGGUUCUGUAGGUGUCGAUUGCGAACAUGAUAAAGCUGAAGAACUAAUUAAGAAAAUGAAAGGAAAAACUUUGGAUGAACUGAUAACUGAAGGAUCAAAGUAUCUCACAUCAGUAUCAACAGCUUUGCCAUGUAUCGGUGUUGCACCCGUUUCUACUGCUGCUGCUUCCUCUACCGAUACUAAAGAUGUUGCCACAGCUUUACCCGUGGAGAAGGAAAAGAAAGAAAAAGAGGAAGAGUCUGAUGAAGAUAUGGGUUUCGGGCUUUUCGAUUGA